GCGCGGUGAGGCGGGGCCGGUCAGAGGCUGAGGGGCCGCGGCUGGGUUGAAUCGGUGUCUCCAGGGGUCUGGCACCAGGGCUGCGACGAGGUGAAGCGAGGCGGCGUUGCACGGUGGGCACCAUGUCGAGACAGGCGAACCGUGGCACCGAGAGCAAGAAAAUGAGUUCUGAGCUAUUCACCCUGACCUAUGGAGCGCUUGUCACCCAGCUGUGCAAGGACUAUGAAAAUGAUGAAGAUGUGAAUAAGCAGCUGGACAGAAUGGGCUAUAACAUUGGAGUCCGACUAAUUGAAGAUUUUUUGGCACGCUCAAAUGUUGGAAGAUGUCAUGACUUUCGGGAAACUGCGGAUGUCAUUGCUAAGGUGGCAUUCAAGAUGUACUUGGGCAUCACUCCGAGUGUCACAAACUGGAGCCCAGCUGGCGAUGAAUUCUCCCUCAUCUUGGAAAAUAACCCGCUGGUGGACUUCGUGGAGCUUCCCGAUAAUCACUCGUCCCUUAUUUAUUCCAACCUCCUGUGUGGGGUGCUGCGGGGGGCCUUGGAGAUGGUCCAGAUGGCUGUGGAGGCCAAGUUUGUCCAGGACACUCUGAAGGGAGAUGGUGUAACAGAGAUCAGGAUGAGGUUCAUCAGGAGGAUUGAAGACAAUCUCCCGGCCGGAGAAGAGUGAGCAGCACCUGCUGGGUGAGAUGAUGGGGCUCCCUCUGUCCCCGGAACUCAGAGACUUUCGAGCCGAUGUUAUAUAUUCUUCUGACCUUACUUCCAUUCUUCAUGCUAAUAAAGAGCAGGCUGGUAGUCUGCUUGCCCUACAAGUAUGCACUUCAGAAAGGGGAUUCUCUGCUCCGUUUCUCUUCAGAGGGGCAGGAAGUACUUGCCCUUGGCUAGACUAAAAGAGUUCAAACCAUUUUACAUUCCUGUGACUUUUCCAAAGCAACCACUUUGACCCCCUUAAGAGACAAGCCUGACACAUCUGCUCCCGAACCUUCUCGAAGCCAGUGGCUGUGGGGAGUCUUGGGCUGGAGGGAGGAGAGCGCUGGGAAGGGGUGGGUAGGAAUUGCUGGCUGUAGUGACAUACUGUAGUCUUGCCAGGCCACGGAAGGCAGUCAUGCCGGAAGCGCCGGCUUCUGGGAAGCCACCCAGGUCCAUUCCUCCCUGCUGUUUGGAGACAACAUCUCCUCUUUUUACGGAGGGUCCAUCCUUUUUUCUUACGAAUUCUUCAAUAAAGACACAUUCUUGAGUGGAA